AUGCAGGUCAUACUUGUUGGAUUUAGGUCAGGCAGGUUUUUGGUUUUGGUGGCCACAAAUGUGGCUGCACGUGGCUUAGACAUCCAGGAUGUGCAAUUGAUUAUUCAGUGUGAGCCCCCACGUGAUGUUGAAGCCUACAUCCAUCGUUCAGGGCGAACUGGGAGGGCUGGCAAUACUGGAGUUGCUAUAUUGCUAUACGAGCCCAGAUAUUCAUAUAGCAUUUCUAGAUUAGAAAGAGAAUCAGGUGUCAAAUUUGAGCACAUCUCUCCUCCGCAACCUGCUGAUGUUGCUGAAUCUGCUGGAUCUGAUGCGGCUAAAGCUAUCUCAAACAUCUCUGAUAGCGUGAUUCCAGUUUUUCAGUCACAAGCAGAGCAACUUUUGAGUUCCUCUGGUUUAUCAGCUGUGGAUUUACUUGCAAAAGCACUGGCAAAGGCUGCAGGAUACACUGACAUAAAACAAAGAUCCCUGCUCUCUUCUAUUGAGAACUAUGUAACCCUACUUCUUCAGGCAGGAAAGACAAUCGACUCACCAGCGUUUGCUUUUAGUAUCUUGAGAAGAGUCUUGCCUAAUGAAAAUAUUGGCGGGGUGAAGGGCCUUUCUCUUACCGCUGAUGGAGUGGGAGCGGUGUUUGAUGUGCCUGCUGAUGAUGUGAAUGCAUUCGUUGAAGUUAUGUUGAAUGUACCAUUUAGAAAUUAUCCGGUCUGUGUUUUAAUUGUGCCUUAGUUUAUUUAGUGUUUCUGUAUUCGGGUGCCAAUACACGAACUAUUGUCUAAGUUCGGUGUUGGUGAUUGUCAGAAAUGUCAAUCCCGGUAUAUACAUUGUUUUGGUAAACUGGCAAAGAAUUAUGUUGUUCAACUACUAGACCUCAACAAAUGAAUUAUUAGGAUGCUAAGACAAUUUACAAUUCAGAUUUUGUCAUUGUUAAUAAAGAUACUGUCUACAUCUGGA